UUUGAGAGUUGCUGAUUGAAUCGUUGAAUUUAUCAGUGAUAUCGUGUAUCUGAUAUUAUUUUAUAAAAAAAUAGUUCUCAGGAAAGAUCAUGACGAAACAGAAAUAUUAUUUGUGAUUCUUUAACUUAACGUAACUUUUUAACUGAUACAUAUUAUGGGCAUUUGACGCAUUAGAUAAAUGUUUCUAAUCAUUCUCUAAAUGAAGUGGUUUUAGAUGCAAAGCUAAAGAUUUAAGACGGCAAAUCAUAAGUAUUUGAUUGUUUAUUUAUUUUAUAUUUUAAUAUGUUGCAAUUGAAACUACAUUGUUAGAAGACAUGAUGAAAAUAACAAGUGCUUUGCUCGUACACUUAAUAAUCAGUCUUUUGAAUCAGAUGCAAGGAAAUGAAAGCACACUUGAAAACAUCGUUGGAUUCAGACGUCUAAAUAUUCUGGAUGGAUAUUCAUGUCCAGUAAACAAUACAAUCAAAGUCGAAAACCAAGAAAAUGAACUUUUGUGUUUAAUUCUUUGUUCCAAACUGAGCUCAUGCAAUGGUGUUUUCAUUUCACCGGACUCUAAAGAAAGAUGUGUUAUGUGCUCUGCAACCUUUUUCACUAUUGACAUCACUCAAGAGUUAAGUACAACACGACAGUUUUACAAACGUAUUAGGAGAUCGAGAAACAAUUUUACGACCUCUGGAGUUUCUGUAUACAGUUUUGCAAAACAAGAUUUGAACUGGACGAAUGCAGAGGAAAAUUGCAAAAGUUACGGAGGACAUUUGGCGAAGAUUAUCUCUGACGAAGAAAAUCAAUAUGUAGUUAAUGUUAGUCCAUCAUCACAUAUCUGGAUAGGUGGAUAUGGAGUAGGCGGGCCGGUUGACACAUUCAGAUGGUGGGAUGGGUCACGUUUAGUUGACGGAUAUGACAAUUGGAGUAAAGGACAACCUUGGACAAACGAACCUGAUCCAACGUGUAUUGCCUUAUGGACAUCAAGUGGACAAUGGGGAGACGAGGUUUGCCAUGACAAAAGACAUGGUGUAUGCAAAUUUGAGUAAAUCACAACAUAAUCUAAUUAAUCUAGUACUAAAAGUACUUUAUUAAAAAAUAUAAGCAUUUGAUUCAUGCAUGAAUUCAUUAUUAUUGAUUCUAACAAGCUUUACACUAUUCCGAAAUAAAAAGAUAGGACAAUCAAAAUGUGUUUUAUUACAUGCUUACAUGUCAUAUGAGGUUAUUAUUGACGUAAAUAAACCAAAUGACGUCAAGAAAAUUAUUAAGACGCUCAAUGUAGUUCAAAAUACUUUGAUCAAUUCUCUUUUUAUUAGCAUGUUGAAAUGGAAAUAGACAUUGAUUUUUCUUGCAUUACAGUUAAAUGAUGCAUGGUUCAAAGUUAUAAAAUUCAUAUUUAUUUCCAAAUUAUUGAUUUGCACAUUUUAGAUCUAAAUCAAGUUGCUGUAAAUCAAGGUACUAUGUAUAUAGUGGCCGAUAGAAAGAUAGCCUAUUGAUUAUGACAGCAUUCAUAAUUAAAGAUAUACUAUCCUCAAAUUUGAUAAUAGAAAAUAUUGACAAUUGCUACACAGUCUCUUUGUAAAUAUGAAAUAAACAUGUUUUAACUCACUUAAAAUCCUACACACUACAUGGGGGUCACAAUAUGAAUAUAUAUGUUAUUAAAAGAAAACUUGCAAUCCUGUUAAGAAAAUACCAACUUUUCUUGUCCUGUUAUAGGAAAAGCAGCUCCCCAUACAUACUUUAUUUAUUCUGUUAUUCAAGUUACAAAUAUUCAAUUAUGAUUUCAUAGCUGUCAUAAAAAUUCAAGGAGGAGCAAUAGUAUAUAUUUAAUCUAAGAGCAUAAGCAUAGUAAGUUUAUAGAUACUUUAGCUAAACAUUUACAGACUCCUUGGGAAUAAUCAUUUGCUCUUUUCGUAUCAAUAAUGUUUCAUGUGCUACAGAAAAACUCUUCAACAACCCAAUGAACCAAACUUAAAUAAAAUACGUUUUUGUCUGAAAUUUUUCGCAAAGAAACUAUAGGAAAUAGUAGAUUAACAACAAUACGUGAAUAUAGAGUAAGGAAAUAGAUAUCAAUUUUAAGUGUAUUUUUGUAGAAUAAUGAACAAUUCGAGUUCAAACGCGCAGGAAAAUAAUCACGAAGGCCGAUAGACCAGGGUUAUUAAUUACAUAGCAUUUGAACGAAAUGUUAAAUGUGGAAUAAUUUGAAGGAUGUUGUAACAAUUGUUUUGGUCAUUAACGUUUUGGCCUACGCAUUCACCAGGAUAAAUACUAAACCACAAACGUGUUGCAGUAAUAAUUAUGAAAUAUUAAAAUGUCGGGAAAAUGUACAAUUCAAAUAUGUGUUUUAAAGAGUCUUUUUUAUACAAAUGAUACAAAAGCUAAGUUCUAAUUUUGAUUGAAAAAUACGAAAAUUGCCUUUCCAAUAGAGAUAUAUUUGAAUGAUAUCUAUGGGCAUAAAUGAAAAAUCUUUGGCGAAAUCACGACCGUUACUUAAGGAGUGUAGACUAACACUUGUUCCAAGUUUUUUUUCAUGCAUGUAUGCCGUCAAAUCAAAUGAUUUCUUAAUCAUAUUUAAUACUUUAAAUACUCUCGUUUUCAGAAAUUCUUGUAAUAAUUAAUAUUUUACAAUUUUCUGUUUGCAUUUAAACAUUAUUUUACGGAUAAUUAUGGAUAUAGUCAAACAAUUUUUUUAUAAGUUAGUAAUGUUAAAUAUUCUCACUGACAUCUGAUAUCCUUGUGCUAUAUUUUGUAUUUACAGUUCAUUCUUGAAGCUUGAAGCUUCGGUCCUUCAAUAAUAUUAUGAUGAUUUUUUGUAUUUGUCACUUUUUAACGAUUUUGUUUUUUUAUGAAAUUGUUCGGAUCGUAAAGCCCGAUUGCGCAUACAACAUGAUUUGUUGUAUAUUGGAGGGUGGGGGAAGUGAGAAAGUGUCUAUCAAACGUAAA